AUGUUAGUCGGCAGCGUAGGUGAUGACGUGCCACAGCGUGACCUUCACGAGCCAGUCAUAGACGACUUGUACUUCAUGCAGCCUCCAUAUGGAACACCUGCUGAAUUUGUCGAAUCACAUUUCGGCAAACAUUCGGGUGCAAAGAAUUUGCAGUUUUUGAAAGGAACUACAACACUUGCAUUCAUCUAUGAGCCAAAAACGCCAGCAGAUAAAGGAGGGAUUAUAGUUGCUGUGGAUUCGCGUGCAUCUGCUGGAGAAUACAUAUCGUCCAAGAGUGUUAUGAAAAUACUGGACAUCGGCGAUCGAAUGGUGGCAACUAUGGCUGGUGGUGCCGCCGACUGUCAAUUUUGGACACGUAUAGUUGCUAAAUAUUGCACACUGUACGAGCUUCGAGAAAAAACGGAAAUUACUGUGGCUGCUGCAAGCAAAUAUUUCCAGAAUGUUUUAUAUUCUUAUCGAAACCAUGGACUAUCAGUCGGCUCCAUGAUUGCUGGCUAUGACAAGCGUGGUCCUGCGAUUUUUAAAGUUGACAGUGAAGGACAGCGCAUUCAGUUAAGACUGUGUAGCAUAGGUUCAGGUUCACUGAGUGCUUAUGGUAUCCUAGACAAUUUUUACCGUCCUAAAAUGACAGAUGAAGAAGCAUACAAACUGGGUCGGCGAGGAAUAAUGCAUGCUACUUAUCGUGAUACCGGUUCUGGCGGUGUUUGCAAUAUGGUGCACAUUUCGCCGACCGAGAAAAUUCGCUUUCCAGCAUUUGAUGUUUCCCAGCUGUACUACGAAUUUGCUACUGAGCUUGGACGAGAUAUUGCUUACGAACCCGAAAUAGAAAUAUAA